GAUGGAUCGGCGGAAGAAAGGGUGGAAUACCGGGUGGAUUCCCGGUCCGUCUGUGAGGAAUGGGUUUGCAGCGCUCGAUGCGGUGACGGAGAUGCCUUGAUGUGCACGAUGGGGACGUACGAGGGUGCGAAGGGUGUUACUUGACGGAGGACGCUUCUUGAGCGCGUGAAGGCUUGACUUGGGUGUGCUAUGCGAUAUGCGAGAUGCGAGAUGCGAUAUUCAAUAUGCGAUAUGCGAGAUGCGAGAUGCGCUAUGCAUUAUGCGAUGCGGCAGUAUUCAAUAUGCGAUAUGCGACAUGCGACAUGCGAUAUGCGCUAUGCAGUAUGCAGUAUGCUAUAUGCAGUAUGCAGUAUGCAAUAUCCCUACCAAACCGGCCGUAUGAGGGCCAUGUUGAUGGGGGUAUUUUGGGAUAGGCAUGACUGUGCUAUGAGCACGAGCACGAGCACGAGCACGAGCACAAGUCCGAGCUCGGAUAAAUUGCAUUGGCCUGCAUGAUAGGUCAGGUCAGGUCAGGUCCGGU